UUCUCGAAAUCUCAUCUUUCUCUCCAAGAAACCAAAGCAAACCAGAUUCCCGACACUAUGGCCUGCUGUGUUGCCCGAUGCUGCAGCGUCCCCACCGGCCCCGCCACCACCAUCUGCUCCUCUGACAAAUUCUGCCGGUGUGGAGUCUGCCUGCCCAGCACCUGCCCCCACACGACUUGGCUAUUGGAGCCAAUCUGCUGUGACAACUGCCCCCCACCCUGCCACAUCCCUAAGCCCUGUGUGCCCACCUGCUUCCUGCUCAACUCCUCCCAGCCCACCCCUGGCCUGGAGACCCUCAAUCUCACAACCUACGUUCAGCCCGGCUGCGGCAGCGAGCCCUGCAUCCCAAGAUGCUGCUGAGUGAUGGCUGACGCCCUCAGCGCCUGGCAAUAAAGAACGCAGGCUGGGCUGUGUCCUCAGCAUUCACUUGCCUCCAGAUUUUAUCAGAUAUUGAGGCAGACCAGAUGGCCUAGAUAUGGAAAACCUGCCUCUCAUCAUAAUGGAAAGAGAAUCAAGACUUUUUAAAUGGUUAUUUCACUAAGUAGCCAUUGGAUUCAUUUGGGCAGAGAAUGUCAUCUCUAAUCAAAACAGUACUGAAAUCUACAAAAGACCUCAGACUCCACUUUCCUGAUCAUGUGGCUUCUUGGAUCUCAUUUCUUGGACCGGGUGUUUUCCUAGAGGGAAAUUAAUUUCUUGAUGGGUUUUCCAAUAAACUUUACUUGUGUGGUGA